CCAUAGUCCAGGCUUUGUUUGACAAAACUGGAGACUUUCGUCAAUCCCUCUCCCUCCUCCAACCGAAACCCCGGUUUGCUCCUUCCCAGUUCCCUCUUCGGCCGGCUCCAUACGAGGACCUGUAUCACCUGCGCCCCCCCAGCCGGUGGCCGGCCUUAUUAUCCCCGUGCGCAAUUUCCGUAGACCGGGUGGCGCACAAAACUCGGUGGGGCGAAGAAAUUGGUCGCCGUCAUUAACAUCAAUGGCUCCCGUCUCAUCUUUGGAAGUUGGAACCUUUGUCGGUCAUGGAGCAAUCCGCGGUCAUCGGUGAUCGUUUGGCUCGGGGACGGCGAAUAAGAAGCACAAGCAGAACGAAGAGGCUGACUGAGGAACAAACUUGACGCGUCUGAGCUAUCCUACUACUCGGAUCGAACUUCAACAGACCUAAAAAGAAGAAGGGUAAGAAGGAGUGACAGAGCGCGAGCGAAUGGGGGUGAGCAAGUUGGAGGAGGCCCUGGAGAUUCAAUCGUUAAGGCGGAUUAUUAGCGCCUUCCUCAAGUAAUAAUCUUCUCAAGCGGGGUUUUGCUUAGGACUCUUCUUCUUUUCGUUCUUCAAUUUGUUUUCUCGAUUUAAACUCUGCCCGCCGUAAUGGCGACAAUGUGAAACCUAACUUAUAGAGUGUAGUUACGUCUCACUUGAAGACCAUUUACUUGUUUUGGUUGUUAUUAUUUGUUUCGUAGCUAUCCUGCAGCAGCCAGACAAGAUGUGAAGAAGUAUGAAAGAUCAUUUGAAAAGCUUUCACCCAAACACAAGGCUCUUCUUCCAAAUUAUCUCCUUAAGUGCCAGAAGCUGAGAUGCUAAAAUGAAGCUUUCCCUACUUUUUUUUGGUGAAAGGAAGCACAAUCACACAGCAACAUAAGGAUCAAAAGCAUUUCUAAAUUCUCUACUGGAUGUGAAGGGGAAGCAAGAAAAGCAAAACAUGAAUCAAGGAUGUGAUAGUAUCUAAGGUAGCAGAAGUAGAAGAAGGCAUAGUUCAUGUGUCACAUUCCAAAGUUUAGUCUCUAUAGUCUGCAUUUGAAGAGGUGUAUCUCCAUUAAUUCUUUCUUCGUCUUGCACAUGCUUCAGGCAUUUGAGCCUCCAUUUGACAUGAGCCAGGAUAUGGAGAUUUCUGAGAAUGAAAGGGCAGAAAAUAGUGGUAGUGAGCAAUUUCAAGCUACAUCAGUUACUCAAUCUGUAACAAGCACUAUGCAGUGUAGUGAGAAGCACGUAUUAGCCUGCACAGGCACAUCUGUUUCUCAUGAUAAUCAGGCCAAUGGUGAUGAUCAUGACAAUGCAUCUGGUAAAUCACCCAAGAAGAUGACAUACCAAGAGGGGUCUCAAAUGGAGUGUUCCUGCAAUUACAUGGUGGAUAAUUGUGCUGUCAGCUCUUCUUGUUCUGUGGAUAAGCAUGGUUUUAAUGCCAGUUCUUCCAUCAGUCAUGAUAUUGUUGAUUCGGUUGCAAUGAAUCAAAAAGUAAAUUCUCCACCACGUUCUUGGUUUGAUCCAUCAUUUCAAUUGGACGUUCCCUUAAUGGAUGUUGACAAGGUACGGUGUGUCAUACGAAGUAUUGUUAGAGAUUGGACUGUAGAAGGACAAAGAGAGCGUGACCAGUGCUAUAAGCCUAUUCUUGAUGAGCUAAAUCGACUUUUUCCUGAUCGCAGCACCAGUAGCCCACCUAGUUGCUUAGUGCCCGGUGCUGGACUUGGAAGGCUUGCCUUGGAGAUAUCCUGUCUUGGAUUUAUAAGUCAAGGCAAUGAAUUCUCAUAUUACAUGAUGAUAUGUUCAAGCUUUAUUCUUAACCACACUCAGAGGGCAAGGGAAUGGACAAUAUAUCCUUGGAUACAUAGCAAUUGCAACUCACUUUCAGACAGUGACCAGCUUCGUCCUGUUGAAUUUCCUGAUCUUCAUCCUGCAAGUGCAGGAAUAACUGAGGGUUUCUCAAUGUGUGCUGGAGAUUUCGUUGAGGUCUACAAUGAACCCAGCCAGGAAGGGGCCUGGGAUUCUGUCGUGACUUGUUUCUUCAUUGAUACUGCCCAUAAUAUUGUUGAGUACAUCGAAGUUAUUUCUAAAAUACUUCGAGAUGGGGGGGUUUGGAUAAAUCUUGGGCCACUUCUUUACCAUUUUGCUGAUGCUUAUGGUCCAGAUGAGAUGUCUAUUGAACUAAGUCUGGAUGAUGUUAAGAGAGUUGCUCUGCAUUAUGGGCUGGAAUUAGAGAUGGAGAAGACUAUCAGAACAACGUACACUGCAAAUCCUAGGUCGAUGAUGCAAAACUGGUACUCCGCUGCUUUUUGGACCAUGAGGAAAAGAAGAGCAGGCCAACCGAGCUGCUAGUGGGAUUCUAAAAUAUUAUUCUCAUGCUGGGAACUACUUCAAAGAAAUACCUGGAUUGAAGGUAAUCAUGUCAUCAAUUUACCGAGUUAAAAUGUUUCUAGAGUUUUUGAUAGGAGCAGCUGAUGAAGCCCCUGUAAGCUGCUCCACAUGGUUCAAGGGAAAUGCCAGAUAGUGGGGUCAACCGGAGAACCAAGGAAAGUACAGAAAGUGUUUAUACUAUUUCAUAUGUAUUUUCACUUGUAUAAGCACCAUUAUUUUGUUUUAUUAUUUAAUUUUAUAAAGUUAAUAUCAGAACUUUUACUCUCUA